AUGGCGGCUCCAACCUCGAUGCAGGCCGCCGCAACCACGGACCCGAAGACGGAGCUCAACCACUUUUGCCAGAGGUAUUGUCAGCGGCCCGUCACCAAAGCGGAUAUCUCCUACACCACGAACAAGUUCGGGAAUCAGUACCAGAGCAUUGUCAAGCUGGAUUGCAUUCAGGGUCAGGAGUAUGCCGGCCACCUGUGUCUGAACCAGAAGGAGGCAGAAAAGUCUGCCGCCGAGCAGGCCGUCAUGGCAUUCCGCCCUCAGAUGGCUUCGCUGCCGCCGCCGGCAAGCAAGGACCCUAAGAAGAAGAAGGAAAGGCCAAGGCUCACCCCCGCUGAGCUUGCUGCGAAGAAGGCAAAGCAAGCGGAGGAAGGCGACAACCCUGCGGUGACGCCAAAAACGAAGCUCAAUGCCUUGGUCAUGAAGAUUGCUAAGCGCUAUCUUCAGAAGGGAGAGACGAUCUACGAGACCAAGACUUACGCUGGUGGUGGCCAUCAGGCAACAGUGCAGCUGAAGGCCCUGCCCGGCGACUGGGGUAACCGCGUCUGGGCAGGCCACGUCAGCUCCACGAAGCAGAAGGCUGAGCAAAGCGCAGCAGAGAUCGCGUUGAAGCAGAUCAGCGAGGACCCCGAUAUGGUUGCAGAGGCAGCCAAGCCCAAGGGUGCCGGGAAAGGAAAGGGCAAAGGCAAGGGAAAGGGCUUUGGCUUCAUGUGGGGCCCUUGGGACUGGCAGAUGAUGUGGGGGGCUCCUUCAGGCCCCAAUCUCCCGCGUGAGCGAAUCACAGAAGAGCCGGUUAACGGGGAGGUGCUGGAGUGGAAGGACAGCUUCGGCUGGCUCAAAACCAACGCGUCUAUCGACCAUCCCUCCGCUAAGCAGCGUGAGGGCAAGAUCUACGCGAGCAAGAAGGAUGUGACCUCUGGAACAAUCGAGACAGGAUCCAAAGUUUGCUUCUACGUGUACAAGGACGCCCAGGGUCUUGGAGCUGAAGAAGUGCAGGUAGGUCGACUCGUCGCCCAACGACUCUGCAGCAUGAAUAUGUUCCAGGUGCACGGUGUCUUGCGGGACAAGGAGAAGGCUAAGUGGGCACAGGGCGUGUCUGGCCUGAAGCUCUUCGAAGCGGACUCACGGGAUGCGCUGGCCCUACAAGAGCCCCUCAGCAAUGCGAAUGCAGUGGUUUGCACUACUGGAGUUCCAGCUUUUGGUAUAGCUGGACAGUGGGAGAAAGGAAAUCAUCCAGAAUCUGUGGACCAUUUUGGCGUAAAGAAUGCCGCGCAUGUGUGGUCUUCAGCAUCAGGGCAGAAGCGCCGCUUCGUUCUCAUGUCGUCGAUAGGCGUGACUCGACGUGAUGGUUUCCCCUACAGCAUUCUCAAUGGCGGCGGGGUGCUGGACGCAAAGGCCAAAGGAGAGGCCGCUGUGCGAGAGCUUGCCAAAGAGAGAGGUUUCGCCGUGACGGUGGUUCGCCCUGGGCAGUUGUUUGGCGGCCCGUACGAGAAUAAUCGCUACCUGGGGACGCUUUUCCAGCUGGAUAAGGAUUCAAGCGUUGGUGCAGUCAAACUGGAAGCUGGGGACACCGCUGUGGGCGACACGCUGCGUAGCUCCCUGGCGGGCGUCCUGGUCCGAAGCCUGUUCAGCACCCAGGCUGACAUGGAAUUUGCCGCCCGGUGCUCGGAUCUCCUUCUAGUUCUCAAUGCCGGAAGCAGCUCUUUGAAAUACGCACUCUUUAGCAUAACUGGAUCUCCAGGUCGGUGGAGUCGAGUAGUGCACGGUCUUGCGGAGGGCAUAGCAACAAAGACGGAGUGCCGCAUAAAGGAGGAGACACACGAAGGCAAGAAGGUCCACAAGGUGGACCUCCCCGAUCACCGGACGGCCUUGAGCCGUGUCGCAGACCUGCUCCCUGGCAAAGACAACAUAAGCUCUGUAGGCCAUCGCGUUGUACAUGGCGGCGAAGCCUUCAAGUCCUCAGCAUUGAUAGAUGAGAGAGUGCUACAAGCUGUGCGAGACUCGUCUGCUCUGGCCCCAUUGCACAACCCUUGGAACAUCCUCGGUAUAGAAGUUUCUGCUGAAUUAUUUGGGAAGAACUGCCCACAAGUAGCGGUCUUUGACACUGCCUACCAUCAGACCAUGCCACCUCGCGCUUACAUGUACGCGCUACCCUAUGACCUCUAUAGGAAACAUCACGUCAGAAAGUAUGGCUUCCAUGGCACGUCUUACCUUUACGUCGCAGAGGAGACGUCUCGAGUGCUGAAGAAGCCGCUGGACAAGCUAAACAUUAUCGCUUGCCAUGUAGGAAAUGGUGCCUCCAUGUGCGCGAUCAAGGAGGGCAGAUGCAUAGAUACUACAAUGGGAAUGACACCUUUGGAAGGCCUUGUCAUGGGCACCCGAUGUGGUGAUAUUGAUCCAGCUUUGCCUAUAUAUUUGAUGGAAAAUCUGGGUUACACCGCGAAGGAAGUCAACAAUCUCAUGAACAAGGAGUCGGGAUUGCUGGGGCUUUGUGGGUCCUUUGACGACCGCGACGUGGAGCGGGAAUACUUUGAGCAGAAGCCACGGGGCACAUUGGCAAAGGAGGUACAGAUCUACCGAAUGAGGAAGUACCUGGGAGCCUUCCUGGUAGCCUUGGAGGGGCAGGUGGAUGCCCUGGUGUUCACCGGAGGGUUGGGUGAGAAGUCCCACCUGCUCAGGACGCUUGUUUGCCAGGGCCUGGAUCGACUGGGCCUCGAAAUCAACGAGGAAGUCAACCAGGCAAAGGGAGGGCGCUUCUCCGACAACACGCGGCUGGACACACAGCGACAUGCCACGCAAGUUUGGGUGAUUCCGACGGACGAGGAGCUCUGCAUUGCGCAGCAGACGCAUAUGAUCGUGACACAUGAUAUGCUUACGCAGUGA